AUCCAACAUCCCGUAGACCAUAGCCUGACCAUCUCCAACGUCAAAUAAUCUCCACUGCAGCUAACCUCAGUCGCGUCACGUGUCGUUCAUCAGGUCCCGAUCAUUCAGGGCAGGGCUGCCACCGUGUGCGCGGAAGGGAAUCUGGACCUGAGGGACCGGGCUUGAGUCUUGAGAGCUGCGUUGCGUUUCCUUGUCUUGCCUUGCGUUUGGACGCCCUUCAAACAGCUCAGAAGUUAGGACAACAUUCAAGCGGCGGCGGCUCUUCAUCGCCCUUGGCGAGCGAGCCUUGGUGUCCAGAUGAGAGAGCCAUUCCAUCCACCACUUCAAGCUCACGCUCACGCUCGGGAUUCAAGAUAAUCCAUAACUACUUAUUCCGUCCUCAAUGGCCUCGAUUACCAAGGGCUCGGCCGCCUAUAAGAAGAAAGAUGGAACUCUGGGCAUCACCCAAAACGAGAAAUCUCUUCAAUGGCUGCCUCUGGGUGCCUCGGCGGACAAAGCGGUGACGAUUGCCAUUGCAGACAUCACCAGUAUGUGAAGCCCUUGGCGGCGUUCGUCUGUAAAAAAAAGAUACUGAACUGCAUAUUUAGAUCUACAGCAGACCCCGGAAACCGCCCCCAAGGUGAUGCUCAAGAUAUUUGAGAAAUCACCUGACGCCCCGGAAGCGGUCACUCAUCUGUUUCAUUUCAACUCACCAUCCAAUCCUCGUGGCGAGGCAAAUGCGGUCAAAGAUGUCUUGACCAACUUGAUCAGUGCCCUCAAAGCAAAGGAUGCCAGUGUGCCGACGGCAAAUGGCUCAGCUCCAGCCUCAGCAGCAAUGGCAAUGGCCAGCGCGGUGACCUCGAAACAGGGCUUAGUUGCGGCCAAAUGGUUUGAUGACAAUGCCUUGAAAGUCGAUAUAGAACUCCAGCAAUCUCUGAUGAAGAAAGACCCCUCGCUUCAUGGCACGUAUAUGGAAGCAUUACGGACGAAACCAGACACCAUUUCCAAUUCCCAGUUCAAUUCUCAAUUCUGGUCUACGCGAACGAACAUUUUAAGAGCCUUUGCUGUUGAAACUAGCCAGAAGAAAGGUUCCUACAAUGUUUUGUCUGCCGUGAAGCCACGACAGGUGGAUGGAGAGCUCAAGAUGAAUAUUAGUGCUGAGCAAAUCCAACUCAUUUUCAAUCAGCAUCCGUUGAUAAAGCGUGUCUACGAUGAGAAUGUCCCCAAACUCCAUGAAAACGAAUUCUGGUCUAGAUUCUUUCUGAGUCGACUAUUCAAGAAACUCAAGGGAGAGCGAAUUGUCGAAACUGAUGGCACAGAUCCUACUUUUGAUAGAUAUCUGGAUGCUACUGCAGACAUAGGUCCAAUUCAGCGCUUACUGGGCUUACACAUACCAAAUGUGAUUGAUCUCGAGGGAAAUCAAGAGAAUCAAGGAGGCAGCAAAGGUGGAAAUCGUGCUGAUUUUACCAUGAGACAAAACUCAGUAGCCAAAGUACCAAUCGUUCGAAUCUUGAAUAGCUUGAGCGAGAAGAUUAUGGCAAACGUUGCUCCGUCGGAUGUCGACCCGGCAGAUCCCAUUGGCAUGGACGAAGAGACAUUCAAUGCUCUGGCCUUGCGGGAUCUGCAAGGCGAUUCUGAAGAGAACCGGAUUAUGCUCAAUAUCAAGCAACAAAGCCAAUUUUUCGCCAAUGAAAAGUCGGAAGUUUCUGCUGAAGCUGCUCUGUAUGCGAAGCAAGUACCUGCUGAGGUACUAUCGAACAUGCGUUUCGACGUCAAUCCUCAGCACAUGAACCACCGAGUUGGUGGAGGAUUAGAUUUGAGUUCAGCUAUUGGAGUUAUAGAAGACAGUGACAGUGAUGAAGAGCCUGAGAAAAAAGUCCCACACGUAGGCAGUAAAUCCAGCCUAAACGACGCCAAAGACCAAAUCUUAGAGGGAGUGAAAUCUCGCCGCACAGAGAUCAUUGGGUCCGAUGCCCAGUCUUCAUUAUCUGGUCUCUCGCAGAAAAUAUUCGAUAGGCUGACGUUGACACACGCAACGACGACAGAGUUUCUCCACCACUUCUGGCUUGUCUUUCUCUCAGGAGACCCUGAUCGUGCGGGUGAAUUGGCGAAAAUGGUAGAGACCUUGGAAAGAGCCAUGGAUCGCAUCAACUCUGUGGCAAAUGAUGCCGAUGCCGAAAGAGACGAGAUUAUCCGAAGGCACAAACAGCAGAUCAGAGAUCAUUUUGAGAGAACGGGCAAGAAAUUGCCAUUGAACUCUAGCGCGAUUGGAGGCGGUGGAAAAGUGGUGAGAGAAAUGAUGGAACCGACCAUCAAAACAUUGCACAAGGCGACCAAGGAGUAUAAAAAGGCGCUUACGGCAGAGGGGAUUGAUACAUCUUAGUUAAUGUGGGUGCAGGUGUAAUUGCAGGUUUUUGAUAGGU